AUGCAACCUGGCUACCUCAGAAAAGAAAUCACGGAGGAUAAAAAUAACUUUCUGGAAUUUCCAGGUUUCCGCUUCCCAUCUAACUUUCCAUUUCAUCCCUUUCUACCUCGACAGGCACUUCCAAUUCUUCAUCAUCCUCUUCAUCUUCCUCCUCAUCUCCAUCCACAACUUUCCACUUCCGGAUUGCAAUCUAUUUUUAAAUCCAUGAUGGCCUCAGCUCAAUGUAACAGCAGCAGUAGACUUCCGGCAAUGGCCACAAUGCGGCAGCUGUAUGUCACAGCUGCUCAGCAGAUGUUGCUGCUACAACAACAACAUCAUCAGCAGCAACAGCAGCUACAACAACAACAUCUACUACAGCAACAUCAGCAACAUUGUUAUCAGAAUAAUAACAAUUCGGCUAAUGAUUCAGCAAACAACAUCAACAACAUCAACAACAACAACACCGAUGAUGAGAGCCAAGAUAAUGACGACGACGAUGACAAUAAUAAUAAUGAUGAUGACGUCACGAUGAUGACGACGGCGACAAUGAUGAAAAGUGAACUGAAAUUUCGAGAACGUCUGUUCGGAGAUAAAUUAGUCUAG